AAAUUUUAUUGUAUGUUUGGUAGUGUAUCACUUUCAUUUCAUGACUUCAUAGACAACAGUUGUAUUUUCAUAGUUGGGAGUGUACACUUCAAAGCUGGUAGUACUUUCAAAGGGGUGAGUUUUGGUGUGCUCCAACUCCAGCUCCGCACAUGGACUAUAGUCUUAGUUAUAGUAUCAGUAACCAUUGGCUUGAAGACAUUGUGGGAGUCACAGUAACGGAAAGCAGUUUUCAAGCAAAAUCAUGUCUUCCCAAGUUUGUAAAUCAAGGAGUUGUAUUCAUAGUGCAAAAGCUCUAAACGGAAAACCAUCAGUGCGGCCUAUGUUGGAAAAGAUUCAGUUUCGAUGUUACAGUAACCCCUCAAGCAAUCCGAAUAACUGCAUAAGAAUGUCUUCACGAGGAGCCGGCAUGCAGAAAGGGAGUGGGUUCGAGUCCAAGGGUCUGAUUCUACUGCUGAUAUGUGGGUUUUACGCUGUUCUUCUGUUUAUAGUAGCUCGCUUGUUCAGCUACGCAGCCUCAAAAAUAACAACGCCAGUGAAAUCAGUUAUGUGGAGGGUAGACACAACAGAGGCUUGCACAAAGGAACUAACAGACGACAACAACAACUCUGGUCCAGUAAUGAAAUUCAAACGCCAGCAGCCACGCACCUUCUCCCAUGGUUGAAAGGACUUCAGCUGGAAAUGUUUUACCGAGUUUCAUCCAUUAAAAGUGACUGCUUAACCCUGAAAAAGGCAACUUACAACAUGCUUUUAUUCAAAACAAGCAGACAACAUGAAAAAAAUUCGCGUCUGUGACUUUGUUCCUAUUAAAGCGAAUCUGUUAAGACAAGACUUAGUGGUUUCCCGUGCCAUUACAGCCACACUGUCAACCAGAGUUGGACAAUUUUAUACAUUAACAAGAAGAAUAAUGUUCAAAAGGACUUUUGUGCACUAGCUAUUUUAUGAAAGUGUAGAGAAUUUUGUCCCAGAUAUCGUCUGACGUCUGGUACACGUGAACGACCUAGCUGCCAGUUGUUAGUAAAAUACUCAUUACAUGUAAAUAUGGCAAUGAACUUGAUAACGCCGUGCAUGUGUGCACUGACAUUGAACUUUAAAAUUGACUUUACGUUUAUAAAAAUAGGGCAAAAACUGAUAGCCGGAUCAGGCCAUAUUUGGCCAGUAACGUAUACAUGUUGGGCCGUGAUGUGAAGCGCCUUCUAGUGGUGCGGCCUGGAUGCAUUUGCAGUGUGUUCGAAAUUUAAUUUUUUUUCCAACAUCAUCUCAAACGCAACUUAACGCUUCCAAAAAUUGUAUUUUUCACUGCAGUUCAGUAAAUUAGUUGUGUCGUCAUUUAUAUAUUUUUCAUUAUCUAUUUUUUUUCAAACUAACUACAGUUAGCUGUGACUUUUAUGGCUUUAUUUAAUAUAAAAGCCUAUAAUAUGCUGAUUUAGUUUUAAUCUUAUAACACCUGCAUAACGGUAUUGUUAUGAUAACUUACGUGAUAAACUUAUUGUAUGUUGAUAACUUACGUGAUAGUAUGCUUGCAGCGAAGUUCUGCUGUGGUUUUUUUAUAUCAAUGUAUUUUUUAUUUGCAUAUCAAAAGGUGUUGUUUUUCUAAGCGUACAUGUUUAUAUAUGUAUGACAUGGUGUAGAUCUAGUAAUUUGCGCAACUUCAGAAUAAUUUCAUCUCGAUUUGCGGAUUUUACCGUUGGCUUACAUUUUUACGCUUUGCCGACGGUUGAAAUAGUUGCUCUGAUAUUACCGAACAAUUUGUCACGUAUUUUCGGUACUUCACUUACAGUGAUAUAGAAUCUAGUAACAAUCGUAGCAAGAUUUCAUUUGUGAAGCAACCGUUCCCUAUUAGAAAAUCCAAUGGAAGAUGAAAUUCACAAAACGGUUGUCUAAAUUUAAGUUAGACAAUGAUUAAGAUCGAUCUAUGUAGCUUUAUUUUAUUAGUUUAGUUUAUGUUAUAUACAUAAUAAGUUGUGUAGCCAUUUUUUCAAUAUUGUUCAUUACAAUGAAAUAAUGUACAUAUUUUUGUAAAUUCACAUUCUUUUACCCAUGUUUAUGUUCCAUAAAAAAUACGAAAUACCAUGAAGAAAAAGCAUAUAAUAAAAGAAAAUAUUUUUGCAA